GGAUAAGUUGGUUUUCUGUUUAUUUGUUGUAGGUUGAAGAAUGUAAUAAGUUAAGUGCUGUUAUAUGUUUAUUAAAUAGAGUCGCCCACUGAAGUGUUUCACAAAUUUCUUUUAACAUUUUAAUACGAAGUAUCUUGAUAGUUAAACUGAACCACUAUAAUGUUAUGCCUUAUAUUUGAAACUGCUUUCAAAUGUCAUUCACUAGACGUGUGAAUUCAGUGUUCCGUUUUUAAAUACUACGAUUACCGUGUACCCACAUCUCGAUUAGGAACAACUAAUAUUUUUUAAGUUUUGACUAAAUGAAUUGAUAUUUUACGUGAUAGGUACUAAAACACGAAAAUGGAGGAAGCUAACGAAGUUUUAGUUUGUGCCUCAGAGUUUAUAAAAGAUCGCCUUUACUUUGUAACUUUGAAGACUGCAACCAAGCCGAAAUCUACAGCCAAUACGUUGUAUUUUUCAAUAGAUGAUGAGCUGGUUUAUGAUAACUUCUACUCGGAUUUCGGGCCUCUCAAUCUGGCAAUGCUGUAUAAAUACUGCACAGAGCUGAACAAAAAAUUACAGACAUGUAGCAGUAUACAAGCGCGCAAAAAGAUCGUCCAUUACACAACCAUGGAUAAUGAAAGAAAAAGAGUGAAUGCUGCUUUUUUGAUCGCUAGCUAUGCUAUAUUGUAUCUAGGGAGAAGUCCGGAUGAGGCCUACAGAUCGCUUAUUGGGAAAGGAAAUCCAAAAUUUCUAGCAUUCAGGGACGCUUCGUAUGGGGAAUCUGUGUACGAAAUAACGUUGAAAGACUGCUUGAAUGCCAUUCACAAAACUCAUUCGCUAGGCUUCUUCAAUUUCAAUGACUUCAAUGACGUAGAGUAUGAAUACUACGAGAAAGUACCAUUUGGUGACUUGAACUGGAUUGUUCCUCAAAAGUUUCUUGCAUUUUGUGGCCCUCAUGAGAAGAGUAAGAUCGAGAAUGGGUACCCUUUGCAUUCGCCUGAAACAUAUUUCAGUCAUUUCAAGGACAACAAUGUAACUACGGUUAUUCGAUUGAAUAAAAAAAUGUAUGAUGCAAAGCGCUUUACAGAAGCUGGGUUUACCCACAAAGAUUUGUUUUUCAUUGAUGGCAGUACGCCAAGUGAUUACAUAUUGAAGCAGUUCCUUACCAUCUCUGAGAACUCACCAGGAGCUGUAGCCGUUCAUUGCAAAGCUGGCCUUGGAAGAACUGGCUCACUUAUAGGGUGUUACAUAAUGAAACAUUACCGGCUUUCAGUCAAUGAAACGAUCGCUUGGAUAAGAAUCUGCAGGCCUGGCUCAAUCAUUGGCCACCAACAGGUCUGGUUGAGUGAGAAGGAGGCUCAAAUGUUUGCAGAAGGUGAAGAAUACAGACUGACCACCAAAGGCAACAAAAAUUUAUUUCCCAAACAUGAGUUUGGCAUCUACAGUAUAAAAUAUCUACAGAAUGUAAUGUCUAACAAGAGACAAGAAAUAAGAACGAUGUCGAAUCGCAAAACAUCAGACUCAUUGUCAAGGAUACUGCAUAACAGUAUGAAAAUCGAAGAUCAAAAAGAAGACAAAAAGUCAUCUGAUACUUUGAAGGAGUCGAGUUGCAAAGAAGUGAGGUGCAGGACGUCUGUAAUCACUCAAGGAGAUCGGCUCAAUCACAUUAAAGCUUCAAGAAAAUAUACCAAUCGGCCUUCCUUGAAUUCUGUGCAUAACAACAACAGUGUGAGUGGGCUGAGAACUGUGGGAAGGCUCCCUGGACGAUGUACUGUCUCAAGCAGUCCAAGCUCGGCUUCCCCUGUCAGAACCAGCAAGGGCAGUGGCACUGUGGACCCAGCAAACAAUCACAAGUAUCUUCCUCGAUCUCCGAUGAUCUUGAACAACUUGAACAAGAGAUCUCUUUGUAACACCAAAGUUAAUUUGAGCCACACGUUGAGACCGCUGACCCGGUCGGUAUCCAAAGCUUCGACCAUCCCUGGCCUGAGUGCAGGCAUGACACUUCGUAGCUCCAGCCAGUAAGUCUCUCUAUGUAUC